AGGUAUCCCAGGUGAACAAAUAACUUCACAAUGGCUGAACUCACAGAGGAGAGUGGCAGCUGUAUGGACUGGCAAAAGCGAUGCCUUGCAUUGGAGUCCCAGCUCUUCAAAUUCCGCUUGCAGGCAAGCAAGAUCCGAGAGCUGUUAGCUGAGAAGAUGCAAGAAUUGGAACAGAGAGUGAUAGAAGCAGAGCAAAGAGCUGAGGAUGCAGAAAAACAGGUCAGAGUUAUGGGAGAGGAGAUAAAACUAGCCAACAUGAAGACUAGUGAAUCAAACAGCACUCUGUACAGGAAAUAUCAAGAGCUGAUGAGUACAGUGCAAAGAAAGGAAGAUGUGAUUAGCAGACUGGAGACACAGUUAGCAAAACAGAAACAGCUGAGGACUGAGGAAGCCAAAAUCAUUCAAGAGAAAGCUGCCAAGAUUAAAGAGUGGGUAACAUUUAAGCUGAAAGAGCUUGAGCUAGAAAAUUACCACCUGAAAAACUGUAAUCAGAGGCUGACUGAGCAAAUUGAAGCCCUUCAGGACACGUUGCAAGAUAUGACCAGCAUUCCUCCUUUGGAAUCUCUUUGGAGCUGUAAUUCUCUGAAGCCCAGAGCACCACAGGUCUCUUAUCCUGAGAAGAUUGACCAGAAAUCUGGGCUCCUUGCACCUGCUUUCAGACAGGUGUGUCAGACAGGAUUGACCAAACGUGUCCAUUCAACAACAAACAUAGUCCUGGCCAGUGAUAACUUUACUGAGGAAGAAGAGGAUAAAUCUCUGCUUUCCCAGAACACACUGAAGCUCUUGACUGACCCAUCAAGCUGGAAUCUCUCCACAGAGAAAGACACGUUCUCAGCCAUAAGCUCAAAACACAGUCUAGGGUGCUCUGAUCCCACAUCACUGGAUCCUCCAGUCGUGCCUACAAAACUCCUAGGGGCUUUGACUUUCCCGUCAUCUUUAGCAAGUAACCAUAGCACUGUGAGCACCUUGAAACAAGUGACUUUGGACAGAGCCAGCUUCCCCGAUGAUUUGAAUGCCAGGUUCCACUCCCACUGUUUGGAUUCUUCUUUCUCAGGAGAAAUAAUGAGCAUCUUUGAGGGCCAUCUUCAAACUGCUGAGCCACCCCUAGUUGUGUCAGCAUCUGCCGUUACAGCAUGUUCCACCCGUCCAGAGAGAGAACAUGGACUUAGCAUAAGUAUGACCUUUCCAAAAAUACGAACUCCCAGUACACCAAGAGACAGUAUCCAACUAGCCAAAAGACAUUACAGUCAACCACAGUCAGGUACUAGUUCUUCCUGUCGUGUAAUGAGCUUCGAGGCUAGCACCUUCCAGCCCAUAAAAGAUUCCUCAGUCUGUCACAGGCCAGUGGAGGAGACAGACAUUGACGAUGACGCAGUGCUGGAGAAGAUGGAGACAGAAGGUGACUUGGUGAGGGAAGAAGCUGGAAUGUGUGAGAUUAACCACUUACCUACAGAACAGAGAGAAGUUGUGCGUUCUAAGGCUGGUGUCCUUGAACCAGGAGGUAAACCUCCCACACCACCUCUGCACAGAUUUCCUUCCUGGGACUGGUGUUUUUGACUGACCAUUGCUGUUCAUGGUAUUGUAUUGUUCCAGGAGAGCCGAAUCUAUGCCGUGGCCAAGUCUGGCAUGAGGAUGUCUGAAGUGGCCACUGUGAAUGACACUCCCAGCUGCUUUUCAAAUUUCUCAUAUUCAGCUUCUGGGACAUUUACCUGUCUCAUCUACAAAAACAUCACAGUUCCAGUCUACACUACAUUGAAGGGGAAAGCCACACAGAUCAGCAACGUGCCUUUCUUAGAUGAGUCUUCAGGCUCCGAUGAUGACUGUGGCUCCCAUGCCAGCUUCAGGAAUUCUGCUGCUGGAUCUGAAAACAGGAAAGCUAGUGUGCCAGGCAGCCCUCGUGCAACAAAAAGAGGUGUUUCUAUGUCCUCAGUGAGCUCUGAAAGUGACUAUGCUGUCCCUCCUGAUGCCUAUUCCUUGGAUGGUGAUUACUCAGAGCCAGAGCACAAGCUACAACGGACAUCAUCAUAUUCCAAUGAUGGUGGAAUUUGCACUGAACCCAUGGAGAAAUCAGGUUACUUGCUGAAAAUGGGCAGCCAGGUGAAGAUGUGGAAGAGACGAUGGUUUGUACUAAGAAACAGACAAAUCAUGUACUAUAAAUCUCCGAGUGAUGUUAUCCGCAAACCACAAGGGCAGAUGGAGCUAAAUUCCUCAUGCCAAAUUGUCAGAGGUGAAGGGUCCCAAACAUUCCAGCUCAUGACGGAGAAAAGAACCUACUUCCUGACAGCAGACUCUCCCAACAUCCUGGAGGAAUGGAUUCAUGUCCUACAGAGUAUUCUUAGAGUACAAGUGACCAGUCCUGUUGGAGUUCCUCACAGUGAUACUAAACCCACUGUGAAAGGUUGGCUCACUAAGGUCAAGCAUGGUCAUUCUAAGCUGGUCUGGUGUGCACUGAUUGGAAAAACUUUUUACUACUACCGAAAUCAUGAGGAUAAGUGUCCCUUAGGGCACCUACCUAUGCGUGAGUCCAAAGUGGAAGAAGUAGACCGUUCCUGUGACUCUGAUGAAGAUUAUGAAACCACUGGUGGAGGACUUCUCUCAUCCCACUGCACUUUGGUCAUUCACCCACAAGACCAGAGUCCCACAUACUUACUCAUUCGCACAAAACAGGAGAAGGAUACCUGGCUCUACCAUCUGACAGUAGCAGCUGGUAGCAGGAAUGCCACAGUGGGCACAUCAUACGAGCAACUCAUUGGAAAACUGUUGGAUGCAGAGGGAGACCCUAAUUCUCCACUGUGGAAACACCCUAUGUUGUGCUACAGUAAAGAUGGGCUGCACAUGUCCCUCACCACUCUGCCUUCUGAGGCUCUGCAGACUGAAGCUCUGAAACUUUUCAAGUCCUGCCAGCUGUUCAUCAAUGUCCCUGUGGAAGCAUCCUCAAUUGAUUACCACGUGUCACUCGCCCAGACAGCACUGCAGGUCUGCUUGACACAUACUGAGCUGCAGAAUGAAAUCUUCUGUCAGCUUGUUAAACAGACGAAUUGCAGACAGCCCCAGAACCACUCAGUCAUUCAGUGCUGGCAGCUCCUGGCUUUAUGUGCUCCUCUGUUCCUGCCCCAGCAUCACUUCCUUUGGUACGUCAAGCAGCACUUGCAGCGCCACACCGACCCCAGGAGUGAAAUAGGCAAGUAUGCCAUCUACUGCCAGAGAUCAGUGGACCGCACUGUGCAGACUGGUGAACGGGAAGCCAAGCCCUCAAGAAUGGAGAUUGUGUCCAUCCUGCUGAGGAAUCCCUACCAUCACUCACUCCCCUUCAGCAUCCCAGUGCAUUUCAUGAAUGGAACCUACCAGGUUGUAGGUUUUGAUGGUUCCUCAACAGUUGAUGAAUUCAUCCACCGGUUGAACCAGGAGACAGGAAUGCGGAAACCAUCCCACAUGGGAUUCUCUCUGUUCACAGAUGAUCCUUCUGGCAGGGAUUUGGAACACUGUCUGCAGGGCAACAUGAAGAUCUGUGACGUCAUUUCUAAAUGGGAACAAGCCUUAAAAGAAUUGCAUCCUGGUAAAUAUGAAGGUGGCACAAGAAUCGUGAAAUUGACCUAUAAGAGCAGGCUGUAUUUUCGGAGCCAAGCCAAGGGUGAGACAGACCGGGAGCGGCUGCUGCUGGCCUUCCAAGUCAGCAAUGAAAUAGCCAGUGGAAGGUUCCCAGUUAAUAAAGAAUUAGCUCUGGAGAUGGUUGCUCUGAUGGCUCAGGUAGAAUAUGGGGAUUUGGAUCGGACAGCAUCUUCAAGUCCUGGGGGAACAUCACACUCCAAAAUGCAGCAUCUUCUCCAUCAGGUCUUGGAUAAAUUCUACCCCAAACACUACAAGAAAAACAUUGCUCAUGAACAGCUCAAGCAACUGGCUGACAGGCUGGCAACAAAAUGGAUGGUGCUGCAGGGAUGCUCUCCACUGGAAUGCGUUCGAAUUUAUUUGACAGUGGCCCGCAAAUGGCCUCUCUUUGGAAGCAAACUAUUUACUGCUAAGCCUAUUUUGCCUUCCUCAUUAGAAGACUGUCCAGUCUGGAUAGCUGUGAAUGAAGAUGGUAUCAGCGUACUGGAUUAUAACACUAUGCACCUGAAAUUCUCUUACACAUACUCUUCUGUGUUGACCUUUGGAGGCUGUCGAGACGACUUCAUGAUUGUAGUCAAUCAAAUAAAAGAAAGGAGUUCUGGAAAAAGCAGCACAGAAAAACUCCUUUUCACAAUGGCAAUUCCAAAGAUUGUUGAAGCAACACUUCUUAUUGCCACCUACAUUAACUCCCGGUUGACAACUCCGCUCCUACCCUCCGCACAGCCCUCUCGAAGCACACCACCUGCCAACAGGCUCUGGGAGACUGAAAGUCGGUGUUUUUUCCCUUCCAUGCCCCGAAGCACUAAGGGGCCCACCCUGCUCUGAGGGCUCAUUCCGAUUUGGGAAUUUUUUAUUUGUGGGGUUGCAGUGUGCUGUUGCUUUCCCCACUGCUCUGUACCAAACUGCAGACUGCUACAAUUCUGCCAGUUACACACCUUGUUUUAAUGCGGGCUCUGGUUCUUUUUGCUGCAAGUAUUCUUCCAUCUCCCAAGCUUACAGCUUUGUUUACAAGCAACAUUUUCUUUAAUGCUUCCCAUUUUCAGCUUUGCACCUGCAUUUAAAUCACUGCACUGCACCCUACGCCUGGGACCUCAGCCCAGUUCUUGAACUCCUUGUGGUCUCUUGUCCUCAUCAGUCCCUUUGGAUUAUUCCCAUUAUUUCCAAUAAUCUUCUGUUUACAUCAGUCACUGACUCGCUCACUCUUUACCUGAAACAGACUGCAGUUUCUGCAAGGCAGGUUUGAGUGGUGCGUAAGCUUGAAUUUGACAGAAGUGGACUGAGCACACAGUCUCAAUAAAAUUAAAGACAGGUGGUUCUGGAUACUGUGCCACAAGCCAAGUAUAAGGAUGCACCUUGGUGAAUACUGCCUGCAUAAGGAGCAGCAUAUCACUUCCUCAUAAACUAGAUAGACACUGGCAGGCUAUUCCAGAGUGUAAAGAUUAAUAUGAUGUAGUUUGAUCAGGUAGUUUAGACAUAGCUUCAGCUCUGUGCUCUGGUUAUGAAUAGCCAUUGCAUUAAAGUUUUGACCUGUGUUUAAAUUCACUGCUGCUACUCUUGCUAUCAAGAUAGUCCUUUUGAAGAGACUAAGAUAGUUUUUUGUAUUUUUGCCACUAAUUAACACAAAAAAGAUAAUUUAUUUUUUCCUGAAGCUGCACUGAUUCCUCCCUAAAACUGAUUCCAAAAUUCAAAGAGAGAAACUUUCCAAGUCUCUGCCCCAGACAUGAAAGAAAAAGAGAUACAGCUGUUGAAAGGGAAUGGGAACUGAACUGACAAGACUUCUGAUGCCAUGUCGGGGGUGAUUUUUAAGACCUGGAAUAGGGAGUAUAGAAUAAGAAUUCAGUGGUACGUGAGAAUCUUUUCAACUUUAAUUUUAUGAAGAUUAAACCUGAUGUCCUUCCAUGUUGAGGACUCAGAACAGCUGGGAUUGGACCAGUGUCAGACAGUGCCCUGGCUCCUGCAGAAUGGAUGGCUUUUGACACUUGAUGCUGCUCUAUACAACUGAUGAACACCAGAUCCCUGCUGCAGGGCUGAAAGUGUCACAUGCCCCACCACCACAUACAGACUCUUUUCAUUAAUCACUGUUACAUGUUUCACGAUGUGCAUGUCACCUCAGACAAAGGAAGACAAGGCAAGCAAACCUUUCAAUUUUUACAUCUUUCAGUAAUUGGAACAGACCUUCCCAAACCAGCUCUGUCCUUCACAGAAGCUGUUCCUUUAGAUCUCCUCCUUUCUUCAUGCUACUGUCUCAAUGAGGAGGUUGUUAGCAAACAUAUACUCUAAUAUUGUUCUUCAGAUUUUCCUAAAGAGUGUUUUUCUGAUUGGUUUCAAAGGGACUUCGUUCUGAUUGGGAAGCAAAAUCAAACAAACAAACAAAAAAACAACAAAAAAAAACAGACAUUCUUCUUAAGAACUCAAUAUCUAUCUGGCUUGAGUUAAGCUAUUUUGAGAAACCUUUUAAGAAGUAAAGAAGAAUAGUCCUUUCAAAAGUACCUGAGUAACUUCAUAAUAAUGCAUCCAUGGGCAGCUUUCUCAAAUUAAAACAGUGUGAAUCCAACCAUCAUAAAGAAUUCAGCAAUAACAAACUAAAGUGAUUCACCAAUGAAUCAACCAACCAUACCAGUGUGUUUUUUUUUUUUACUUCCUAGUAUCUGUCACCACCCUUGAAAUAUCCAAUACACGGUGGAGCUGAUACUGCAAGAAGUACUGCAAAAACUACAAGUUUUUGUUUCAAGCUUAUUGUGUGUACAAAGCCAAAAAUCAAAACUACAUGGGACAACAAUCAUUCUAAUCAAUCACUUGUCAGCAUAUUUUUAACACUAAAAAAAAAAAAAAGGCCUGUGGAAAUUAUACAAUAGACUUGAAGUAGGAGAUUAUAUAUACACAGAGACCUGAUUUGUCCACUCUGCAAUGUACCCACUUGUCAUGAAUUUAAGAUCCACCCCUUGAACUUAUUGAAAAAGUAGUUUUCUGAGUCAACAAUAAUGUUAAGGUAUUGUUUUAGUCUCUAUAUGUAAUCUCCUUGUAUACUACUGAUCACUCUAUUGAAAAUAUAUCAGAAGUACACAUUCUCUCUCUGAUCUUAGUAAGGAUCUGGAGGUCUGUUUGGCAGCCUGCUUCUUGUGCCCCACCAGUAACAAAGCUGCCUCAGAAAGAAAUGAGCUCCGCUCAUUGUCAUCUGUCAUAAGGAUGCUCAAGGCAUGAAAGUCUCCAGUUCACUGUUCUGAGAUUGUGCUUACCUUGCACUGCUAACACCUACAUCCUUGUACUGGGGAAACAGGAAGCAGAAAUGUUAAUAAGCAAGAGCUGUCAUGAAGCUCAUUGUUUUCUGCCAUAAAUUCAUUCUAAAUUCACAAACAUGGCAAAUGUGACUUUUCCUUCUUCCAAAUAUAAAUACUUGAGUAUUUCAGAGACCACUCCACUCUGAUGGAUGCACAUGUACCUCUUAUUUGUAGGUUACUUGAUUUUAAAAUAAAGCAAACAAAUUAAAAAAAAAACAAACCCUAUGUAGAUACCUAUUUUGUAUGAUUCCUUGAUAAAGUUUUUAUUUUAAUCAAUGCUUUUGGCGAUGAUAAUUCCAACAGUAUGGAAUGAGACAACAGCCUUUGUUUCCCUAACUGCUGUGUGUAUGUGAAAGGCUGUCUUGGAGAUACGUGAGAUUUCUGAUCUUAAUAAAAUGAAAUUAUCCUGAAUGAA